GUUUUGCAUAAAAGGAUGUCUCACAUAAACAUGAUCAUUGUUGUUCUGAACUUUAAAGAAUUAACACUAAUUGUAAGAUGAAAUUCGUUAUUUUGUUUGUGUGUUUGUGUGCCAUUUUCCAAGUAUCUUUUGGGGCUCUAGCUCAGAUUCCAGCUGAUGAAACACCUGGACACCCUGGUUUUUGUAAUUCAGAAGAGACUGGACCCAUGAAACAAUCUGAAAUAAAGCAACUUAAAAAAUGCCAACAAGCUAGAUGCAACAACGAUGGUUCAAUCACCUUGGAAUCAUGUGGUACAGUUCAUGUAAAAGGUUGUAAAUUGGAGCAAGAUUUUACUAAACCAUAUCCAGACUGUUGUCCAACCGCACCAUGUCUUCACCUGAUUUAAAAUUAUACAAUAUAUAUUUUUUAUAAUUUAAUAAAGUAUUGUUUUUUAUUUUGCCUCUUCUCUGACACAGAUCAUCCUUA